AUGUCGGACACCGGCGGUGGCCACCGUGCCAGCGCGCAGGCCCUCAAAGCCGGCUUUGAGGAGCUGUAUGGAGAUGCAUACAAGAUAGUGCCAGUCCGAGUUUUGCGCCAGCGCAUACGCAAUGGCCUGCAGAAGGCAAUCAAUUUUGCGACGGUCGUCACAGACCUCACCCGUUGCCACAAUACCUGGUACUACCACCGCGUCGAUCGAUGCUUCGUGGCCACGGAGGCCAGCAAGAGGCAGGCGCUCGACAUGGGCCUCAAGGUGAAGUGA